UUCCUGCCAUGAUUUCGCCUCUGCUCACACGCAGUACCUCCAGAAUGCCCAAAGGAUCAAUGUUCAAAGGCAAUGAGCAGUAGAAGAGACUUCCGUUGUUUAUCAUGGUGCCACUGAAGUCUUCUGGGGUUGACAGAUGCUGCUCCAGAAGGUUAAUAAGAUGAAGAAAGCUCUUCUAGCUGGACCGUAAGAGGGAUUAUGUCUGAGGAGCAGAUAAACAGAUUAUUCCAGAAACAGACACUGCUUUUUUUUAAGACUUCGUCACUCUUGUCUUACCCCUCCAGCUCCCCAGGCUAAGUGUGUGUGUUGCAGGGGUUUGCCCAGCUCCAGCAUUCUGGCACCUGUUGCACUCUUUGCUUAGUUGCAAGUCAAUGCAGUACAAGGCUGGGAUACCUGAAAAAAAAAAAAAGAGGGAAGAUUUGUGGGAACUUUAUUUAGUUGUUUAAGGAAAAGAAAAUUAUUUUAAUUGACUUAAAUAUUUUGAUUUCCUGCAUUAUUGAUCUUGAAAACUGUGAAUGAUCAGUAGACAGCAUGCAUUUGAAAACUGGAUUGAUAUUUUUGAUCAUUUGCCUUGCUCUUCAAGUUCAGGGAAGCAGAGAAAUCCCUAAUAAACUAAACCGUGGUGAAGCCAAACAUCUUGCAGAGGCCUCAGGGUCAGAAAAAACAGAAAGAACAACAAAGAGGUCCAGAAUAUCAACCAUAAGGCGGAUAUUUGACAUGGCAAAGCACCGAACAAAGAGGUCAUCCUUUUUCUCAACUGGUGUGAAAGUUUGCCCACAAGAAUCAGUGAAGCAGAUUUUGGCAAGUCACCAAGCUUAUUAUAGAUUAAGAGUCUGCCAGGAAGCUGUGUGGGAAGCCUUUCGUAUUUUUUUUGACCGGAUUCCUGAUACUUCUGAAUAUCAGAACUGGGUUACUGCCUGCCAGAGGGAAACUUUCUGCAUAUUUGACAUUGGCAAAAACUUCAGCAACUCCCAAGAGCACCUGGAAAUAAUCCAACGGCGAGUAAAACAUAGAACCUUCCAGGAAAGGAAAGAUGAAAUAUCCACAGAGAAAACAGGUGGCAAAAAGCUAGAAGACAUUUCUUCCAUUCCUACAGGCUUCCCUGGCACAUCCAUGACUCCAUACGUAACUGCACCUAAUGGCACACUGCUCAACGAAAUUGUUAAUGACACGAAGAUUCCUGUGAAGGAGCUGGGAACAAAUACAGUCCCAGAACUGCCUGUGGAGCAAAUGGUAGAAUUCAGUGUCACUCUCACUGACCAGGAGUACACAGCUGAACUUAAUGAUCCCAACUCCCCACAGUACAGACAACUAGCUGCAAAAUUUCAGCUACAGAUGCAAAAAAUAUUUGAGAAACUUCCAGGAUUCAAAGAAAUCCACGUGUUAGGAUUUAAACAGAAGAAGGAGAAAGAUGGGUCAAGCAGCACUAUAGCACGAUAUGUGGUAAACUUUGAGAGAGAUGGCUCAGAAAUCAGAAGCACAGCAGGUGACAUCUCAACUAUUGGAUCUAAUAAGGUUGAAAAUGAAAAAAUUCCACUUUCUCCAAAGGAAGAGAGGGAGAUAUCAGCAACAAAACUCACAGUAACAGACCUCCAGCAACUGGUUGCCAUAGCACUCCACGAAGACCAGUCCCUGCCAGUGGACCUUGGAACACUUCAGUUUACUGAUGAAUCUAUUGGACCAUCUAGUGAUUUUGAUAAUGAUAUCCAGGCCAUGGUCACUAUUCCUCUGGCAGGCCCUGAUUUGGAGGACUCCAUGAGCAUGGAACUCCCACUGGGCUACCCCAGCCCAGCAACAGUGGGCCAAACUGGAGACAUCCUGUUCAAUGAAUUUACAACUGGAAUCCCGGUGUUAAGUGGAGACAUCAGUGAUGCUGAAUACUUCAACAAUUUUGUUUCAUCUGAACCUGUGUUCCCUACCAAACCUUCCAGAGAGCCAUUUCGGGAGAAAUCUACUCCAGACACAGAAGAUAUCUCUGCUGACCACCAAAGUUUCACAGUGCCUUUCAGUGCUCUGGGUAGCACUGGUAGUCCUUCAAAACCAGAGGAUUCCUAUUUGCCUCCUCCAGCAGAUGAUUCUGCUAGCAGUGACUUAACCACUGAUGGCUAUGAGUCUCCAGUGGAGCAGGCCACCACACUGGCAGUUUAUACCACAAGUAGCUUUAUCCCACCUAGUCUUCUGCAAGAAAGAGCUGAAGCUGCAGAUACAACAGGAUCACCUUUCAAGGAAGCUGACCAAGACAGUCUGUCUGGACAAGCAGUUAAGAUCAUGGAUGAACCAGAAUCAUCAGGUGAUGACAUUUUAGUGCCAGCCAGCACUUACGAAACUUUGCCUUUCCUUAUUGGUUCAAGUGAUCCCUCUACCACGCAGCCUGAAGACGUUAUUACAGCUGUGCUACCAUCAGAUCAAACAGCACUGCUGCCUUCAGCAACCAGUCCAUCCUACAGCCUCUCAGAGAUCAUCGAACAGUCCCUUGAGGUACCAGACUCCACAGUGCCUGGGACAGGAGUGCAGGAUAUUGCUGCAGAGUUAGAUCACAUUGGUGUGAUGAGCACAGCCACACUGGAUGAAGUGGAGCAUGGCAGCGGUUAUAUCCCAGUGCUGACAACUGAGCCUGCAGAAGCCACCCCAGCUCCUACGCUGAAAUAUGUAACUACCAGCUCCAUGACAACCGCAGCCAAAGGCAAAGAGCUAGUGGUUUUCUUCAGCCUGAGGGUAACCAACAUGCACUUUUCUGAUGACCUCUUCAAUAGGAGCUCGACAGAAUACAAAGCGCUAGAACAACAGUUCAUGCAAUUGCUACUUCCAUACCUUCAGUCCAACCUGACAGGUUUUAAGCAACUGGAAAUACUUAACUUCAGGAAUGGAAGUGUGAUUGUGAAUAGCAAAAUGAAAUUUGCCAGGACAGUGCCAUACAAUAUCACAGAAGCAGUACAUUGCGUUUUGGAAGAUUUCUGUGAUGCUGCAGCCCAGCGCCUCAAUUUGGAGAUUGACAGCUAUUCCCUGGAUAUUGAGCCAGCUGAUCAGGCAGACCCGUGCAAAUUCAUGGCAUGUGACAAGUUUUCCGAAUGCAUAAUGAAUGAGUGGACCAAAGAGGCCGACUGCCUCUGUAAACCUGGUUACGCAAGUCAAGACGGAUUACCCUGCCGGAGCCUGUGUGAGCUAGAACCGCAACUUUGCAUCAACGGGGGGAAAUGUGAGUUAGUUCCAGGAAGAGGAGCUGUCUGCAGAUGCCCUGUACGUAGACACGAGCUUUACCAAGGACAGCGCUGUGCAAAAUUUGCUCCAGAACCCACACAACCCUUCAUUUUUAAACCUCUCCUUCUUGGCUUACUAAGCCUCGUUUUUCUUGUCAUCAUUUUAAUUAUUAAGUUAAGAAGAAAAAGCAAACGAAACUCUAAUUUGCAAAGUCCUACUCUCAACAGCUGCAGUUCAGAAAAUGCUAUAAGGAUUAAUCCUGCUUUUGAGCACGAUGAACCCAUAACUAGCUUUUGUCACACGGCUUGCAGUGUAAGUGCUUGUCUCAGUUCCUCAGAGAUUAUUGAUCAUGAAGCAUUACACGAACUCGAAAACACAAUUCAGCCUGGAGGUCACCAGAUGAGGUUACAAAGCCAAGACUGACAAGUUAGUCUCUGAAAUUCUUCAUUUCCAGCAUCAGCCGGAUAAAACCAAGGUAUUAAAGAAAAGAAGGUCUGCAUGAUUCAAGCCUGGACUUCAGGUUGACUAUGCGUAUGAAAAUAAUACAAGGAUUCCUAAAGACGCAACAUUUUAGCUCUAAAAUCAGUACACAUUUUUUAAAAAGUUUUAUUAAAGAAAAGAUGACCCAAUUGACCAGCUAUUUGAUCACGUCUCAGCUUUGCCUAGUCAGAAGUCACCAGUGUUAAGACACCAACAUUCAGCCUCCACUGCUUGCACAUCUUAUUGGUGUUUUUAUGUAAGAGCCAAGUGCUAGAAACAGGUUUUGCAGAGAAGUUAUUUCUUUCAGUACUGUAUGUCACAACCAUUCUGGUAAAACUGGAUGAAACUUUA